ACUGGUUGCGGUAUGGAAAAGAGAAGAAGCCAUUGAAAAAUAAUACAAAUAACUCGUUCAGAAAACACCACGUUGGCCAUAUAGACGGCAUUAAUGAGCUCAAUUUAAACACUUCGCUUACGAAUUCAUGAUAGAAGUUAUUUUACAUCCGGCGCUCUCCGGAUCUGCAAUCAAGUAAAAUCAGAGUAAAAGAAGGAAGACAUAAUUGCAGUGAAAAGGAGAAAUCGGAAAGGAUAUUAUCAGAAGAAGCCACUUGAACAACGUGAAUUUUAGGAAUGAGUUCUGACGCAGAGGAGCUGACUCCGGCGAUUGUUGAGCAGUUUCUGGACAAAAAUGAAGACUUUGCCAAGAGUUAUUUUGAGCGAAAAGCGACAUCGUCAAUGGUUGAUCAGUGGAUGGUCUCUCGGUCGCAUCGGCCUGGCGCGCGAGGUGCGAUGGAAGUUAAGAGAGAAAGUCUUGUCAAAUCGAACAGGGCAAAAUCUCUAAUGGGAUCAGUGACAGACUUGAAACUGAAAACCGGUCUUGGAAAGACGGAAGGUAGCGGAAAAAAUUGGAAUCCAUCUGAUUUGGAGUCCAUGGAUGAAAAGGAAUUGUUUAUGGAACUUAUACGUGACAUAGCUAACGAAUUGGAUAUAAACAGGCUGAGUCAUAAAAUCCUUGUGAAUGUCAGUAUUUUGACAAAAGCCGACCGCUGCUCACUCUUUCUUGUUCGAGGUAAAAAAGAACACAGGGAGCUAGUAUCGAAACUGUUUGAUGUCACAUCAAAAUCAACACUAGAGGAAUCACUUCGAUCCGAAGAAGAUGAAAUUUCUGUUCCUUUCGGAGUUGGAAUAGCUGGAGCAGCAGCAGAAUCUGGUGAAGCCAUUAAUAUCAAAGAUGCUUACUCGGAUCCUCGCUUCAAUCGUGAGAUCGACAAAGCAACUGGUUACAAAACUCACAGUAUCUUAUGCAUGCCGAUAAAGAGUCAUGACGGAGAGGUCGUCGGAGUUGCUCAAAUUAUCAACAAAAAGUCUAAAACCCAUCAUUUUACGGAGAAGGACGAGGAGGUGUUUAGGAAUUACUUAACAUUUUGCGGCAUCGGUAUCACCAAUGCUCAACUUUUCGAGAUUUCUGUACAAGAAUACAAAAGAAACCAGGUGCUUCUUCAACUCGCUAAAGGAAUAUUUGAAGAACAGUCAAAUCUCGACCAAUGUGUACAUAACAUCAUGGAGGAAGCGCAGGAACUUCUAAACUGUGAAAGAUGCAUGGUUUUUCUAAUUGAUGAAGCUUCGGUGAAAAACAAUAAGGGAAUCGUAUUUUCAAAAGCUUUUGAUCUUCACCUUGGAGCCGAAGAAGGCGCUGCUAAUAAAUCGGCAAAUACUCACUGGUCAAUGAACAGUGGGAUAGCUGCAUUAGUCGCAACAACAGGACAGGCUCUCAAUAUUCCAGAUGCUUACGCCGAUAGUCGGUUCAAUCCAGAGGCCGACAGAGAGUGCGGCUUCAAGACGAGGUCUAUUUUAUGUAUGCCAAUCUUUGAUAGAGAGCAAAGAAUUGUUGGUGUUGCACAGUUGUUAAAUAAAGUCGAUGGCAAACCUUUUUAUGAUUCUGAUGAAAGCUUAUUUGAGGCGUUUGCAAUCUUCUGUGGCCUAGGAAUUCAUAACACAAUGUUGUACGAGCAGGCCUGUAAACUUCUCGCUAAACAGUCAGUAGCAAUGGAGGUUUUGUCUUACCACGCUACUGCACAGCCGAACGAAGUGUCGAGAAUUACGAGUCAGAAAAUAAGAACUGCAAAGGAAUAUGAAAUCUAUACGUUUGAAUUUGACGACAUGAAGCUGACCGAUGAUGAAACUCUACUUGCGUCUGUUAGAAUGUUUAUGGAGCUCGAUAUUUUGGAAAUUUUUCACAUCAAAUCUGAGACUCUUUUUCGGUGGCUGCUUAGUGUUAAGAAGAAUUAUCGACCUGUCACUUACCACAACUGGAGACACGCCUUCAAUGUAGCACAGAGCAUGUUUACUAUUUUAACGACUGGCGAUUUAAUAAAAUAUUUCACGGAAAUCGAGUGUUUUGCUCUCCUUGUUGCAUGUCUCUGUCAUGAUCUUGAUCAUCGAGGAACAAACAACGCCUUUCAAUCCAAGACCGAGUCAGCUUUGGCUCAGUUAUAUGGCACAUCGACAAUGGAACAUCACCAUUUUGACCAUUGUAUCAUGAUUCUUAACAGUGAGGGUAAUAACAUAUUUUCAGAGUUAUCAUCUGACGAUUAUCGCCGUGUAAUCAAGCUUCUUGAGCAUGCUAUCCUCUCAACUGACCUGGCUCUCUAUUUCCAAAAGCGUGGUAAUUUUGAGAAAGCAGUGGUCGAACAUGACGCGGACUGGAGCAGUGAUUCCAAGAAAGAGCUUUUACGAGCAAUGAUGAUGACUGUGUGUGAUGUAGCAGCUAUUACAAAGCCUUGGUAUAUACAAGAAUCGACAGCGGAGCUCGUCGCUGGAGAGUUUUUUGAACAGGGUGAUAUAGAAAGAGAGCAACUUCACUCGGAGCCAAUUGCAAUGAUGGAUCGUCGAAAAAAAGACGAACUACCAAAGAUGCAAGUUGGAUUCAUAGACUUUAUUUGUAUGCCUAUUUACAAGUUGUUCUACGAGUUUGAAGAAAAGAUGAAACCCAUGUACGAUGGUGUCGUCGACAACCGCAAAAACUGGCAGGCAUUGGCUGACAAACGACAGGCUGAAGCCAAGGAAAGAGAAAAAGGCAAAGAAGAAACUACAACUCAAGCAAAAACCAACAAUAAUAACAACAAUAAGAAAUCUUCUGACAAACCAGCCGAGACAACUACGAGCCCUACUCCCAAAAAGGCCGAAAAGAAAUCUUCAGGACACUCGAAUACAAAGCCAAGCAAGAAGGAAAAGAAGUCGAAUAUUUGCAACAUUGUUUGAAGUCUUGUUUUUGCUUGGAUCUCAUAAUUCUUAAAAAACGUAUCGGAUGAAUUUUAUGGAGGAUAAUUUCUUAAUAAACUAUUUUUACUAUAUUUUUUUGUCUUGCUUUAAGUGAGCAAUAUUAUGUAAUAAUAACUUGACGUAUUUCGUAUGGAAUUAUAAUAUUCCUUUAAAGUUUUUACUUGCUCUUUUUGAAAAUUUUUUUGCACUUUGUUUGACAAAGUUCUUGCAGAAAUUACGAAAGAAUGAAUUAUCGACAAAAAAUCGCAUUAACUCAAAAAUCGUCUUAUACUGAGUAUUAACUUAUUCUCGCCUAUUUCUAUACUCUUAUUUACGGAGUUACUUAAGCUGCUGCUUCUCAUCAAUUGCAAUAAAUUAAUAAUUAAUACAAAUUAUUGUUUAUUAGUAAAAACAAAUAAGUAAAGGACUAUAUUUUGACAUUCAUCUGAUGUCAAGUUCAUGCAAAAUGAACUUAAAUGCAAUUAUUAACAAUUUUUUGUUAUAAACAUGGAAUUCUUUUACAAUAAUAAUAACAAUAUUAUGUAUAUAUGUAUAAUCGAUAAUUAAUAUUCGAACUUCAGUAAUAUAUUUUUAUAUCUACAUUUUAGUCUGUAUAUAGUGCGCAAUAUGUUAGGAGGUGUGACUCAAUAAAACCAUGUUGUAUCCUAA